AUGGGCUAUCAAGCGAAAGACCCGUACCCCGCACCAGGGCUAACAUCCGACAAAGGCUCCCAACCAGUAACGGUUGGCUUUUUGGACCUGCCUGGACCGGUGCGCGAGGGCAUUUACAAACACGUGCUCACCAUCAAACAUCCCGUCUAUCUUUUCCAAGAUUUCGGACGACGUGUCGAGGCCUUUGCCCCCGACCAACCCAAGUGGUGGAUUGCGCUACUGUACACCAACCGACAAAUCUCCAGCGAGGCCAAGGCUGUCCUCUAUGAUAACAACAAUUUCCAUUUGAUGGACAACCCUCAGAAGCACGGCGCCCUUUUGCAAUCUUUCCUGGGUAGCAUUGGCUCCCAUAAUGCUAAUGUCUUAUCCCGUCUCUGCAUCGGCUUCCCGGUCGCGGAGAAGGCGCAGGGUCAACCUCACACAGUAACCAUCAGACAGGACAGCCUUCAGAGUUUGAGCCUUAUUCGAGGACAGUGCACCAGACUCAAGACUUUGGAAAUGCAAAUGUGCAAAGAAAACUCCAAGCUCCUGGCUGGGGCGCGCGAGGAAGAUGCCCAGCUUGUUCGCGACGCGUUGCUGCGAGUUGAUGCGCAGUUGAAGACCAUUUCCUCGCUCAAGAAUGUCGUCGUUAGACUCUCCAUCAAGGGUGUGCCCUCUCUGGUGGUUGAUACGAUGCGAGGCCUUGCGUGGGUCGUCCUUGAUGGCUAA